UAUUUACCUAAGUACUAUUGCUUUUGCGCUAAACAAUAUUUUGUAAUGCUUAAAAACCUUUUCAGAUUAAUACUAAAACAUGGCUGAAACUAAUGAAGAUAAUGAAAAAUCACAAUUAAAGGCUGCUCUACAUUAUGCUGUAGGGAAGAUAUGUGAAAUGAAGUCUGAUGAACAUAAUGUGACAUAUUCUAAAGCUUUUAUAGCUUGUUUGACAGAAACCGUUGCAAAUGAAGUAGAAUUAUUUGCAACUGAUCUUGAAGCAUUUGCCAAGCAUGCUAAAAGAACAACUAUAAAUAUUGAAGAUGUAAAGUUAUUAGUGCGCAGAAAUCCAGGACUUGCUGAGGAGAUUGAAACAUGCUCUAAAUCACUAUUAGAAAAACAUAAGCCAAAAAUUAAAAAAAUAAAGUCGUGAUAUACAACUAAACGAAUGAGUGUUAGUGCAUUAAGGUUAAUUUAUGAUAAAAACUUUUAAAAUUAUGGAUUCUUAAACUAAGAAAAGAAUCUUAUAUAUUAACCACAUAAGAAAACGUUUUAUAUAAUUGUCCCUUAAAUAUUUAGUGAUAUAUCUGUAAUCGAGGUACUUAAUUUUGAGAAAAAAAGUUAUAUUUAAA